AUGGCCACCAUCCAGUCGGAGACCGACUGCUAUGACAUCAUUGAGGUGCUGGGCAAGGGCACCUUUGGGGAGGUGGCCAAGGGCUGGCGACGAAGCACGGGCGAGAUGGUGGCCAUCAAGAUCCUCAAGAACGACGCCUACCGCAGCCGCAUCAUCAAGAACGAGCUGAAGCUGCUGCGCUGCAUGCGGGGCCUGGACCCCGACGAGGCCCACAUCAUCCGCUUCCUCGAAUUCUUCCAUGACGCCCUCAAGUUCUACCUGGUCUUCGAGCUGCUGGAGCAAAACCUCUUCGAGUUCCAGAAGGAGAACAACUUCGCACCCCUCCCUGCCCGUCACAUCCGGACGGUCACCCUGCAGGUGCUCCGAGCCCUGGCGCGGCUCAAGGAGCUGGCCAUCAUCCACGCCGACCUCAAGCCCGAGAACAUCAUGCUGGUGGACCAGACCCGCUGCCCCUUCAGGGUCAAGGUGAUUGACUUCGGCUCAGCCAGCAUUUUCAGUGAGGUGCGCUACGUGAAGGAGCCGUACAUCCAGUCCCGCUUCUACCGGGCCCCUGAGAUUCUGCUGGGGCUGCCCUUCUGUGAGAAGGUCGACGUGUGGUCGCUGGGCUGCGUCAUGGCUGAACUGCACCUGGGCUGGCCCCUCUACCCGGGCAACAACGAGUAUGAUCAGGUGCGCUACAUCUGUGAGACCCAGGGUCUGCCCAAGCCGCACCUGCUGCACGCCUCCCGCAAGGCCCACCACUUCUUCAAGCGGAACCCCCACCCCGAUGCCGCCAACCCCUGGCAGCUCAAGUCCUCAGCUGACUACCUGGCUGAGACCAAGGUGCGCCCACUGGAGCGUCGCAAGUACAUGCUCAAGUCCUUGGACCAGAUCGAGACAGUGAAUGGCGGUGGGGCUGCCAGCCGGCUGACCUUCCCGGACCGGGAGGCGCUGGCCGAGCACGCGGACCUCAAGAGCAUGGUGGAACUGAUCAAGCGCAUGCUGACGUGGGAGUCCCACGAGCGCAUCAGCCCCAGUGCGGCCCUGCGCCACCCCUUCGUGUCCAUGCAGCAGCUGCGCAGCGCCCACGAGACCACGCGGUACUACCAGCUCUCCCUGCGUGGCUGCCGCCUCUCGCUGCAGGUGGAGGGCAAGCCACCCCCACCCGUCGUGGCCACCACAGAAGACGGGCCCCCUUACUACCGUCUGGCUGAGGAGGAGGAGACAGCCGUGGGCCUGGGCGGUGUGGCGGGCAGUGGGACCUUCUUCCGGGAGGAGAAGGCCCCGGCCGUACAGAGAGCCAUCGACCAGCUGGAUGACCUGAGCCUGCAGGAGGCCGGGCGCGGGCUGUGGGGGGAGACCCGGCCCGACGUGGUCUCCGACAUGCUGGCCCCUCUCAAGGCAGCCACCACUGGCCGCCGGGUGGCUGACUCUGGCCCAGAGCCCAUCCUGGCUUUUUACGGCAGUCGCCUGGCAGGCCGCCACAAGGCCCGCAAGCCGCCUGCGGGCUCCAAGUCCGACUCCAACUUCAGCAACCUCAUCCGGCUGAGCCAGGCCUCGCCCGAGGACGACGGGCCCUGCCGGGGAAGUGGCUGGGAGGAAGGAGAGUGCCAAGGGGCCUCUGCUGAGCCGCCCGCCAUCCCGCAGCGGGAGGGAGAUGGGCCCAACAUCAAGGACAUGGCCAUGGACGCUGAGAGGUCAGGCCCUGAGCUCUUCGACCCCAGCAGCUGUCCUGGAGAAUGGCUGAGCGAGCCCGACUGGACCCUGGAGGGAGUCAGGGGGCCACGGGCUCAGGGGCUCCCAGCCCGCCACCCCCACCCGCAUGGUCCGCCCCGGGCCACCAGCUUUCUGCAGCACGUUGGCGGGCACCACUGAUGGCAAGGCCCCCCCUGCCUGCUGCUGGGGGCUGCGCUAGCUGGGCUGGCAUCCCUCUCGAUCUGAACUGCUCCACAGUGCCACCCCUGAACCCACAAAUUAUUCUUACAGAAAAGAUAAUUAUCCAGAAAUUCCCCAUAUCCCCACCCAUAGUGCAUGCCUGCACCACCCACAGGUGGCCCUCAGGGUCUGGCUCAUGGCCCCCUUGGCCAGGGACGGCAGGAAGAAGGCUGCACCCCACUGGCCCUGAGCUCGCCCUUGGCCCCGCUGCCU